UUAGUGGACGAUGGAUCUAUUGAUCAAUCUGUUGGCAAUUUAAGUGGAUCUUUACGAGGUUCCCCUAAUUCUCAGCCUGGUGUGGAACAUUCAGAAAGAUUCUCAAGAAAAGUGUUUGUUGGAGGAUUACCUCCAGAUAUUGAUGAAGAGGAAAUAACAGCUGCUUUCAGACGUUUUGGACCUUUAGUGGUAGAUUGGCCACACAAAGCUGAGUCAAAGUCAUACUUUCCUCCUAAAGGUUACUGUUUCUUGAUAUUUCAAGAUGAACUGUCAGUACAGGCGUUAGUGGAGAUAUCUUUUAUAGAUGAUGAUAAACUAUAUUGGUGUGUCUCUAGCCCAACAAUGAAAGAAAAGCCGGUUCAGAUUAGACCGUGGAGUCUCAGUGAUUCCGAUUUUGUUAUGGAUGGUUCCCAGCCUCUCGAUCCAAGAAAAACAAUCUUUGUUGGUGGCGUGCCAAGACCAUUAAGAGCAGUGGAACUAGCUAUGAUUAUGGACCGACUAUAUGGAGGAGUAUGUUAUGCUGGUAUUGAUACAGAUCCAGAAUUAAAAUAUCCUAAAGGUGCUGGUCGUGUGGCCUUCUCUAAUCAACAAAGUUAUAUAGCUGCUAUUAGUGCCAGAUUUGUUCAGUUACAACAUGGUGAUAUUGAUAAACGGGUUGAAGUUAAGCCAUAUGUUCUCGAUGAUCAGAUGUGUGAUGAAUGCCAAGGUGCAAGAUGUGGUGGAAAAUUUGCUCCAUUUUUCUGUGCUAAUGUCACUUGUCUACAAUAUUACUGUGAGUAUUGCUGGGCCCAGAUUCAUUCAAGACCGGGUCGUGAAUUUCAUAAACCUCUGGUAAAAGAAGGAGCUGAUAGACCAAGAGCUGUACCCUUCAGAUGGUGUUAA